AUGUAUCGGCAUAUCAAAAAAAGUCAAAAUCCUCCAAAAAUUUGAUUAAAAAAUUUGACAUUGACGUGCGCAUGCGCAUUGCCACUGUGAUUCUAACCUAUAAUUGUGAUGUCAAAUCAGUACGUAAAUGUGCUGUACUUAUGAAAGAUAUUUCAACUUUUCAUCGGCCAGUGAAACAUAUAAAAAAAAGUGUUAAAUUAUAUAAACCCUAAUAGGUUAACGACACGUGGACACUUUCAUAGGACAAGGAAAAAAGAUAUAUGGUUGUCUGUAAAUGUAUAUUUGCAUAAAUUGUGGAGCUGAAUGCAAAGAGCUUUUCAGGAGAUACUGCCCUAGUGUCCUUAAAAUUUUAAAAUGUGUAAGUAAAACAUUAACCCAUGUGUUUAUAUUGUACACUGACAAUUUUACACUAUUUUAGGAGAAAUGUGGAUUGUUAGCUGACAAAUAUAUUGAAUAUGAUCCUGUUAUAGUCCUUGUAGAUCUUAUUCUGAUAGAAAAACCAGCUUAUAGACAUCUUUUGUACAAUAGCAAUUUUAAAUCAUAUUGGAAGAUAAGUAUAAUAUUAUGGCUAGCCGAAUCGUUCAGAGCUUGGUCUUUUUGUGACAUAGAUGAAACCGAAUUAACUGCGUCAGAAAUGGAUUUAGUUCACAAUGCAUUACAAGACCAUUGCAAUAUUUAUAUUUUGCUGUUACACACAGCACUAGCAUUUGCAGCAUUUAUUUGUACAGUUAUUGUAGUAACUGAAGUAAAAUGGUUUAUCAUUGGUAAAAAACCAUACAAAUAUAGCGUAAAGGAUUUAAGUUGCGCUCUAAUAAUCGGAGGUUGCGGUAAAUUAUUGGGAUUUUUGGGAAUAGUGUGGCAGCACAUAGCCUCUGGUCCAUAUUACCUUCUUAUUCAAGGUUACACCGUUUUAUGCCUUUUAACUGCAUAUUCAGUUGUCUGCAAGAGUGGAAGGGGAGGAUCUUUGAUUGGAUUAAUUGCUGGAUUUUUAUUGUAUGGUUACAUAUGUACUUCCAUAUCUAAAUUGCACCUAAAUAUUCCCAAUAUCACACUAACAUGACAUAAAAUAUCUGAUAAAAUCA